CGCUGUCGUGCACACGCAGACUGAACUAAAAUGGCGCACAUACCGUAUGUUUUCAGCUUGUGUCUUGGAGUCAUUUCUGUGGGCUUCUCCAGCGCUAACAUCUUUAACAGCAAUCCAAGUACGGGUGCCUGUCUCUGUGUGACGUCGUCCAUAGCCCAGGUAUUUGACAAAGGAUGUGGAAAUGCCGUUGACAAGGCCGUUAAAGGUCAGUGCUUGAAGUAUUAUGGACUGCGCUUGACAUGCGGCGACAAACAGUACUUCCGGUGUGACAUCGUUGGCAAGGAGAGAUGGCUGGAAGCGCAUGAUUUAGAACUAAGCGGCGCGUCCAAGUGCAGUAAGUCUAUUUGUCAUAGUCGUUCACUAUUUCUAGGUCUAUAG